CAAUUUCUGUGCAGCACGUGCGGCAUCAGCUUUCCACGUCAGCACGACAGACGAGAGCACAUGCGCGCAGACUGGCACGUCUACAACCUCAAGCGCAAAGUCGCAGAGCUUCCUCCCAUCUCUUCGCGAGUAUACGACAGCGUCGUGCAGCCCGCGGAGGUGCAUUCAACUGCUCCGGAAUGCACGCCGUCUGAUCACGAACAUGAGGAUAGCAGCAAUGAAGGCGAUCUUGAGCAAGACGAGAUGGCAGCGACCACUGACUGCCUUUUCUGCUUGACAGCCUCGAGCUCAAUGAAAGACAAUCUGGACCACAUGUCUGCCUGCCAUGCAUUUACCAUCCCGCACUUGCAACAUCUCGAAACUGAUCUGGGAACUUUCCUAGCAUAUUUGGCCUUGGUCAUCUGUCAUUUCCAUGCAUGCCUCUACUGCGGUCAGGAGAAGCAUUCUGCCGAAGCUGUGAGAAGGCAUAUGCUUACCAAAGGACACUGCAUGCUGAACCUGUCGCCCGACUCGGAUUUCUUGGACUUCUGGAAUUCUGGAGAUGACGAGAACCUGGGCACAUCCCAAAGAUUAUCUGAUCAAGAGCUUCGCUUACAGUCUGGCGCUAUGGUCUUCAGCAAGCAUGCGAAACAAAAUAGGAUUCGGCCUGGUCGACGAAGCCUUCUAGAAAACAGUAGUCGGCGCAGAGCAGAUCGCCAGGUGCCCAGCAGUUCAUUUCGAGCACUCGCCCAGCGAGACCAGAUGGGUGUCAUUGGCUUGUCUGAUUCGCAGAUACGCACUCUGAUCAGCGCAGAAAGAACGGCCAUGUCGGCCGAGUUUCGAUCUCGGGACAAGGCGCAAUGGACACGAGACAGGUUAGGAAACAAGACGAAACAGAAGUAUUUCAAG